AUGCAAGAAGCUGCUGCAGCAGGCAGAGGGGCCAAAGACACGCAUCGACCCGGGACGCAGCAGGCGCCUCGUCAGCAGCAGGACCAGCAGCAGCAGCAGCAGCAGCAGCAGCAGCAAGAGCUGCAGCAAGAGCUGCUGCAGCUACCCUGGGGGGAUGUGGGUGAGACGCAGGCCCCCAGACAGCGCGAGCCGCAUCUCCACAUCCCCAGGCGUGUGGCUCUGGCGCUGCACUGGCUGCAGGCAUUGACCCUAGCAAGCGACACCAGCAGCAGCAGCAGCAGCACCAGCAGCAGCAGCAGCAGCAGCAGCAGUUGCAGUUGCAGCAGCUGCUGCUGCAGCAGCGUCGCCGGCCUAGAGGGCGCCGGGUGUCUGGCUUCUCUCUGGUCAAAGCAGCCGGAACAGCCGAAGCAGCAGCAGCAGCAGCAGCAGCAGCAGCAGCAGCAGCAGGAGCAGGAGGAGCAGCAGCAGCAGGAGCAGCGGCUGCUGGAGGAUGAUAUGGACUUUGUGUGUACACUGGGUCAGCAGGAGCUGCAUCUGCUGCACUAUACUGCUGCAGCAGAAGUGCUGCUGCUGCGGCUGCGAGCAGCAACACAGGGGCCGCUGCUGCGGCGACAGGCACUUGUAGCUCUUGCUGUUGCUGCUCGAGGCAGCUCCACCCCUUCUCCUUGUCCUAGUGUGGGGCAGCAGCUGCUGCAGCUGCCGUAUGCAUGCGCUCCAAACCCUCGACACCUGCUGAACAGCAACAGCAGCAGCAGCAGCAGCAGCAGCAGCAGCAGCAGCAGCAGACAGCUGCACUCCUCCAGUGUAUGUGAUGUUCGGCUCCAUCAGCUGCAGCAGCAGCAGCGGCGGGAUCGCUACAGGGGGGCCCCGCUGCGGUGUAUGAAGUCUAGCCCGUGCAUGCACGAGCUGCAAGCCAUCAGCAGCAGCAGCAGCAGCAGCAGCAGCAGCAGUGGGUAUGCAUACAGCAGCAGCAGCAGCAGCAGCAGCGGGAGAAUGCUGCGCGGAGGAGCACGGAACGAAGCAAGUGAAGAGCUGCUGCGGGAGCGGCGGCUGCUGCAGCUGCUGUUUAUGUCUUUUGAUAGAGACGGGGACGGGCUGCUGUCCUAUAGAGAUUUUGCUGAUGCAGCAGCAACAGCAGCAACAGCAGCAACAGCAGCAGCAGCAGCAGCAGCCCUCAUCAUGCACCAACAGCAGCAGCAACAGCAGCAACAGCAGCAACAGCAGCAGCAGCAGCAGCAGGAGCAACAGCAAGAGCAGCCAACCAAGCAGCAACAACAACAGGAGGAGCAGCAGCAACCGCAACAACAACAGCAAGAUCAACAGCAGCAACAGCAACAACAACAGCAGCAGCAGCAGCAGCAGCAGCAGGAGCAGGAAGACAUUUGGAUAGGUUGGGUAUCCGGCUGGUUGCUGCUGCACUUUGAGCUGCUGCUGCUGGCAGCAGAAAUAGAUGGCGACGGCAGCGGCUCUAUUGAGCUCUCGGAGUUUCUUGCUGCUACUCUUGAUGCUUCUCUCCUCACAGCACAGCCUGCUCUGCGCAAUUGUUGCUGCUGUUGCGUGUUUGUUGCUGCUGCCACUGCAGUUGCUGCUGCUGCAGCUGCUGGUGAUGCUGGUGCUGGUGAUGCUGCUGGUGAUGCCGGUGCUGGUGAUGCUGGUCUGCUGGUGAUGCUGGUGCUGGUGAUGCUGCUGGUGAUGCCGGUGCUGGUGAUGCUGGUGGUGGUGGUGGUGCUGCUGCUGCUGGUGAUGCUGCUGCUGUAG